CGGGUCAAUAACCACAAACUAGUUUCUUCUUCGAAUAAACAAUAAACUCUCGAACAUUAUUUGACAGUACCUUGAACUCAUCUGGAUCACCAACCAAUUUCAAUCUCACUGCCAGCUCAUCGGCCUAGAUAUUUAUCCAUCGUAAAAAACUGUUGACAUACACUCACACAAAGGAGCCAUCUUAUUAUAAAACAAAGAAACCUUCAUACACAAAAGAUGACUACUCCAAACAUAGAGAAAACUCAUGAAUUUGGUGAGAACUUAACGCCAUCACCAUCACAACAUCCUCACACUAGACAAAGACGUUCAUCGUCCAUCAUUCAACAUCUUGAGCCAGACAACUUGGAGAUGAAGAUUGAUCAAUCCCUCAAUCCAAAUGUUAAUGCCAAUUGGGUACACUAUAAAGGUGCUUGGGUUAUCCAUGUUGUGUUAAUUUUAUUCUUAAAGAUCUUUUUCAACUUCAUUUCUGUCUUGGAUAAUGACUGGAAGUGGACUUUAACGAAUUUGACCUAUAACAUUGGGCUGUAUAUUAUGUUCCAUCAAGUUAAGGGUACCCCCUUUGAAUUUAAUUCAGGUGCAUAUGAUAACUUGACUAUGUGGGAACAAAUUGAUAAUGGUGACCAAUACACGCCCACAAAGAAAUUUUUAAUGCUGGUUCCAAUUGGAUUAUUCCUCAUUAGUACACAUUACUCUAACUAUAAUUUAAACUUGUUUGUACUCAAUGGUGUGAGUUGUUUAUGUGUGGUGAUUCCAAAAUUAGCAAUUUCACAUAGACUCAGAGUCACUCUUUAUUAAGUGGACAGUGAUAAUUUGCAACAUCCUGAAGGAUUGUAUCCUUGCUAGUCCAUUUUAAUUUUUGAAGAUGGAAGUAUGUCUAACUACCUCAAUUCUUAAUGAUUGAAUAUUCACUAACAAGAGCAUCCCCUCUUGUCCAUUCCCUUUUCUUUUCCUUAUCUUUUGAGUGAUGUCUCGAAUAAUACUUCUCGGAGUCGCCAUCAUCGUGCCAAUGAGUACGUGUUUUUUGCUUCCAUUGCGUGAUAUCUAAUCUCAUCGCCAAAAUUGAAGUCCAUAGUCAUUUUAUAAAGUUACCUAUACAUAAUAUUUUACGUGA